UCUUACGUGAAUCAGACCAUUGGCCAAAUAACAAUGACAAUAAUAUAUAUUUAAGCAUUUGUUUCUCUUUCAGAAGAGCUGCACUGGCUUGAGAGUUACAGCAUAUGUAGAAAUGUGACAAUCCAUCACUCUCUUUCCUGUACGGGAAUCCAGCCAGUUGCCACAAUGUCUGACAGCAAUGAUGUGUUGGAGUUUCCUGACAGUGUGAUGAGGGACGAACUGGAGGACUCAAGCGACACAAAUGAAUUCUCUGAACAUGAACUCCUUGACAUCAUGUACAAUGCAUGUAAAGCUUCCAGCACAGGAGACGUGUCAGCAUCAAGCAUCUUACAAUACCUGCAGAAGGUGACGGCCCGGAGUCAGCAGCAGCAGGGCCGCCUGACAUCCUUGCAGCAGCUGCUGGACCCCGAGUGUCAGGACCCUGUUGUGAGCAGAGAGAUGUUCCACCUGACUAUGAAGGAGUGGAUUGCCCAGUGCAGCCAGGACAGUGCUGACGUGGACAGUGGUGAUGAUGUACCUUACCCAGAUGCUUCAGUACUGCCCAUAAAUGGUCUGGAAUUUUCAACUACUCCUUCAAAGGCUGCUCCAGGCGACAGCCAACAAUGUGACUGUGAAGCAAAAGAGCUGUCGGCAACAGUGUCCGAACUGAAGCAAGCCCAUCGCAAGCUGAGCGAGCAGAACAGCAGCUUGCUGAGGACGGUGGCUCAGUGUGAAGAUGUCAACCUGCAGCUCACCCUGGAGAUCACUGAGCUGAGAGCAAAGCUGGCCAGUUCCCAGCGGUCAGCAGUUCGAGCGCGAUCCGUAACAGAGGAACUGGAGGAGACCCGAAGAGCCUUUAAAGAAGCUCAGGAAAGAGCCAGCCGUACGCAAGCCAAUUGCACCAAGCUGAGCAAUGAGGUUGAAUACCUGAAAGUUCACAUCAGGAGGCUUGAAGACAAGAAUGAAAGACUCUCCUUUGAAAAGACAUGUUCAGAAGAAGGCUCGAACAAACUCCGCAAAGUCAAUGCUGACUUGACGGCUGAACUUCAAGAAACUUUGGUCAUGCUGACUAUGAAAGACAGAGAAAUGACCAAGAAAGACAUUCUCAUGGAUAAGAUGAAGAGUUCUCAUGCGGAGAAUCAUAACAUCAUUGAGGGCGUGCAGGCCGAGCUGACGAGGUUACAUGAACAUUCACAUCAAGUUCUGUCCAGGUAUGACAGAUUCUGCAUCAGUUCUCAAUCACUGUACGGCCGAGAGCCUCCAAACCGCCGCUCCCUGCAAAGUGAAAUGCAAGACCUGCAGCAGAAUCGCAGAGCUGUGGACGAAAGAAGCCUCCCUCCUCUCCAUACAGAAUGUGAGGACAUUCAGAGCAUCAUCCAUAAGAUCAAAUCUGCGGAAAAAGCUCAUCUUUGGCGCAACAAGUACCCAGAAAGGGUCUCUUCCUCAUUUGAAACCCAGGAAAAGCCUUUUCCUCAGCACCAGCAGCAACAGGCAAGCAUCAAGCAGCGGCUUGUCAAUGUGCUGCAGGACCUCGAGCUCCAGAAGUCUGUGUGGGAGGAUAAAGGGGUGAAGGUGGACGAGCAGUGGAAAACUUGUGAGAAGGAGCAAAAACCAAACCAGACCGGGAAGUCGGUACCACAGUCCAAGAAAGUGGCCAUCGUGAAGUGGUGGAAAGCGCUUAGCGUCGAGGGAGCAAAGCCCCGCACUGGCGAAAGCAAGACCUUCAGAGAGCUCGCCGAGAAAGCUCGGCUCCAUCAAGCGGAGCAGACUAUCACUGAUAUGAGGGAGCAGGUUUGCCACCUGCAAGCUUCUCUUAAGAGUGUAGGCGAGCAAAAAAGCAGUAGCAGAGUUGUUCUCGUACACAAGGAAACCAACACUGAGAGCCAGGAUACACACGGAGCUGAGGGCAAACGCGUGACGGAGCGGAGGGAUGCGUCGGUGGCCACAGAACCUGUUCGCAGCCCAGGUGGAGCAGCCUCACAGCGGCGACAAGUCCAACUUGGGGUGACGGCAGACGCGCUGCUGUCGGCCCUCAGAAGAAUGGAGGCCAUGCUCAACAGCGCAUUGGAGUCGGCCAAGCUUGUGAAGGAGAGCGAGAAGAGGGUGAGCCAAGUGAGGGUGAGGAUGGAGAGCAUCACUCAGAGGGUGGAGGCCGCACUGGGACGGACAGCCGACACGGAUUUGCAACUGAACUCACUUGAAGCUCAGAUCGUGGAAAAAAAUAAACAGUCCUGUCCCGAGCUGUCAGGUGAUCCAGACCACUUAACUGAGCGUGUUACACCACAUGAAGACCCAGUUGCGAGUCCCCCGCCUCCGCCUCAUGUAAUCUCAGACGUCAGUGAGGCUCCGCAGCUUCCCAUGAAUGGUGACACAGAACAAGACAGAUGCAAUAAGGUCGAGGAAGAGGCGAAGGACUUUCUUCAGUCAUCUGUCCCUCACAACAACACCAAGGAGUCCAGCAAGAAUUCCACUGCUGAGGGCCCCUUCUUUUUCCCUCUCACCCGCUCCCGGCGGUGUCUACCCCCUGCCAUGCCCACGGUGCCUGAGGAAGAAGAGGACUCCCCCGAGGAUUUGGACAGUUCUUCAAGCUCGCCCAGUACGUGUGCACCUGCUGAGAGCAGAGCUGCUGUCAUGACUGGCCCCACUAUCAUCUACCCACAACAGGCCUCCGUUGUCCAGCAAGAUGGACGUCCUCUGGAGCACGCUAGGCCACACAGCCCAAGAGCUCAUCUGGCAAGAAACUUCUCGACAGGAUCCAUCACCACAGUCGACAGCACAGGUCAUGUGAUCGACCUGGUGAAGGACAAGCUGCCGGAGUUGCAGCUCUCAGAGGAAGAUCGCCAGAAGAAUCUGGAGCUGCUGGAACAAGCCAAAAAGGUCAGCGACCGCUUCCUGAUGCGACGGGGCCGCCGUUCUACCAGCAGCCUUUCUGACUCGACCACAGAGGUGACUUGCAGUCCACAGUCGAUCAGCCAGCAUCUGGACGUUGCCUCAGUGAGGGGACAAAGGGAUGUGGAGGGCAACAGACUAGCUGUGGACUGGAAGCCCACAGAGAAGAGGAAAGUGUCUUCUGGGACCCUAACGCCCCGUUUUGCCAUUCCAAAGGAAAACUGUGAAGCCAAAAGUCCCCCGGGAGCCAAUAAAAGUGACGACGGAGGACGAAAUUCCAACCAGGCCCCGGCCACAGGGGUCGCCAAGCCCGUCCCUCGACCCCCAACGCAACAGGCCCCCUGUACUGCUGAAAUUAAGACCAUUGGUGCUUUCCCACCACUAAUGAGGGCUGUUUCCUGGGAUGCCAUCGGGGGUAUUAACUCCAGAAAUGGAGCAGAAGACGCAAGCUCGGACAAAACCCGGGAUGGCAUUUUGAAAUCCUCGGUGCUCAGAGAGCUCCCUGCACCCAAACUGUCCAAAUUCAGAGAGGACCACAAGCUGAUGCGUAACCAAACCAUAGUCGGCUCCAAGUUACCGGAUUUGAGUGAAGCUGCUGAACAGGAAAAAGGGACCGCUUCUUCUCCAAAUUCCUCACCAAGCAGCGAGGAGACCAAGUCGGACGCCAUGCCAAACAUCUCCGACAUCAUGCUGAGAAAACUCAAACUUCAUCGGGGCCUUCCCGGCUGUCCACCUCCACUCACAGAAAAAGAAGUUGAGAAUGCGUUUGUCCAGCUGUCAUUGGCCUUUCGUAAUGACAACUACACCCUGGAGACCCGCCUCAAACAGGCAGAGAGGGAGAGGAACUUAACUGAGGAAGAUACACAAAAGGAACUUGAAGAAUUCAAAGUUGCACUGAAGAUGACUGCCCCACAGUGGCAGAACCUGGAGCAGCGUGAGGCCUACCAGAGGCUCAUAGAGACGCUGGCAGUGCUCCAUCGGCUGGCCACUCGCCUCUCGAGCAGAUCCGAGAUAGUUGGAGCCGUUCGACAGGAGAAACGCAUGAGCAAAGCCACAGAGGUCAUGAUGCAAUACGUUGAAAACCUCAAGAGGACAUAUGAGAAAGACCACGCCGAACUGACGGAAUUUAAAAAGCUCGCCAACCAGAACUCUAAUCGCUGCUAUGGAGGCUCCGUAGAAACUGGAGAUGAUGGCGUUUCUCGUGCUUCAAGAUCCAUGUCGCUCACUCUCGGAAAGGCGCUGCCCAGACGCAGAGUGAGUGUUGCUGUGGUCCCCAAGUUUAAUCUCCUGAACAUUCCAGGUCAGAUGCCUCCCACUGCCGCCCCCAAUGCGCCAACAGCUUCCACGCCUGCUGCGGCUCUUCCUGCCUUGAGUGAAGCCGGUGAUGUGAAAGGAAACUCCUCACAAGAAUCGACACAACAGGCGACAACAGAGUGUGGAAAGAGUGUGACGGAGCAGCAGGAAGCGGAGCCUGCCAAGCCCGCCGUCAACUUGGAGGAGAUCAGAGCAGAAAUCAGGGCAGAGCUCAAGGCAAAGAUUGAGGAAGUGGCGUACAAUAAAGGCUACCAAGAAGGACUGAAGCAAAACAAAGCAAUCCAGGAGGAAAAGCGUGAAGAGGAUGAAGCUGCAGACAAGUUGCUGGAAUCAAAGAUAAGGGAUGAAGAAAGCGGAAAGAAAAUCAAAGCAAGCCGGAGGAUGGAGGAGGUCUUGGUUCUUCUUAGCCGCAUUUGCCCGAAGAUUUCGUGGAGCAAGCGGCUUCUGUCACUGAUGGUUUUUCUGGUGAUGUGUCUGAUUAUCAGCAUUUUUACAUUCUUCUCUGGCUACUACAACAAGCGUGAUGACACAUAAGAACACGAGCACUUCAUUCAGGGUGGAACCAAAUCAUUUUUUUCACUGACACCCUUCUGUCCCACUCAAUUUAGUUCAUAACAGAAUUUUUACAGAAGCCUUAUGUAUAAAG